AUGAAAGCAGCGUCGCAGGUGCUGCUGUCGGGGGUGUCGGCGGGAGCAGAGGCGGUGGUGACUCUGUGCGACCAGCUGCCCGCCCUCGUGCCCUCCGCCAAAACCACCAAGUGCCUCAUGGACUCGGGAUUCUUCCUCGGUGCGUUUGACUCUCCCCAUAUUGCCUCCCUCCCUCACACUUCCACCACCAAGUGCCUCAUGGACUCGGGAUUCUUCCUCGGAUUGACGCUGACGCUGCUGCCCAACAACCGAUACAACGCCAAAUGCCUGGACGGCAGUCCCCCAGGGUACUAUUUCCGCCCGGGAUUCGGCAACGGCAGCAGCUCGUGGCACGUGCACUUGCAGUACGGCGGGUGGUGCAACACGCUGGGGGACUGUAGAUGGCGCAGCCACACGUGGCUCGGCUCUUCUAACGAAACUCUGCAAAACCAGAACCCCUGGAAAUUCGCGAAUUGGGGUUACAUGGGUAUUCUCAGCCUGAACCCCGUCAUGAAUCCGCGUUUCUACAACUGGAAUCUCGUGGUCCCGAUUUACUGCGACGGUGGCGGAUUUGCCGGGCGCGCGGGGUUCAAGAAGUGGAGCGAAACCGGAGGAGUGUAUCUGGAUGGUUGGAAAAUCAUCAAAGCUGUCCUCACAGACGUGACAGAUUUCAAGGGCCUGAAGACGGCGUCGCAGGUGCUGCUGUCGGGGGUGUCGGCGGGAGCAGAGGCGGUGGUGACUCUGUGCGACCAGCUGCCCGCCCUCGUGCCCUCCGCCAAAACCACCAAGUGCCUCAUGGACUCGGGCUUCUUCCUCGAUGCAUUGGACAUGAACAAGCAAUCAGCGUUCCGCAAGAGAAUCAAGCAAGUGGCAGAGCUGCAUGAUUUUGUCGGCAACCCUCGGUGCAGCAGAGCCACUAACGAGACCAAAAAGUGGCGCUGCUUCUUCCCAGAGUACUCCCUCCCGUUCGUCCGAUCUCCCUUCUUCAUCGUCAACUCAUUGUUCGACGCCAGGGCCCUGCAACUUGGUCGCAUGGAGGAUAAGAAGCUGAAGGCGUUUCUUGCUUGGUCUAACAAGCAUGGGAUAAUGGUGGAUGGUGCUUGGGCCACCAUGAAAGAAGCUGGGGUGUUUUUGCGUGAUGCUGUAGCGAAUUGGUAUUUUUCAUCAUAA